AUGGCAACGGCUCUAUUUACCCCCAGAAUGGUCUUACCCUCUUCCGCCUCGAAUCGAAACGAAAACAGAAAGCCAGAGGAAUGGUGGUACACGGAAAAUGGACGCUCUUACGAUACUUUUCGGAGGGGGAAGUAUAUGUUCCCAAUGGAUGAGGACGAAAUGGAUAGGAUGGAUCUAUUCCAUAAGUUCUUUCUAGUGGCGCGGCAGGAUAGCUCUAACUACGGAGGUCUAUGCCAACGGCCGCUACCUGUCUACCCUCGAAUCUUAGAUCUUGGAUGUGGUACUGGUAUAUGGGUGAUUGAUAUGGCCGAUCGCCACCAAGGACGAGCUAAUAUUCUCGGUUGGGACCUUUCUUUAAUACAACCUCUUAGGAUUCCACCGGGUGUUGAGUUUCAGCGACGUGAUAUCGAGGAUCCCUGGACCGGCAUUGAAGAGAAUUCCUUCGAUCUCAUUCAUAUGAAAAUGCUUGCUGGGGGUAUAGCAAAUUGGACGGCUUUAUACGACCGUGCAUUCAGAUACCUCAAACCUGGUACUGGACUCUUUGAACAUGUGGAGAUUGAUCUUACGCCUAAGUCCGCAGAUGGCGAAUUACCCGAAGACUCUCAGCUUCGAGUAUGGGCGCACGAGCUGACCGAGGCUAUGGAGAGGGCUGGGCGACCUCUAACAGCGAACCCCCACACUGUAGGGAUGUUACAGCGUCUCGGCUACGUUGACGUCGAGCAAACAACCAAGCGGAUCCCAUUCAAUUCUUGGCCUGAAGAUGGACAAGAAAAGGAGAUGGGUAGGUGGUUCAACUUUGGUAUUACGAAAGGGCUGCACGCCAUAACAAUAGGUCCUUUAACUAGGAUGAACGGUUACGACCCGGAACAUGUUGAGAACCUAAUUUCAAAAGUGCGGAAGGAAAUGUGCUCCCGCAGAUUAAGAGCUUACUGCACCAUGUAUAUCUGGACAGCACGAAGGCCAUCUAUACCCGGCCAACGAGCGUGA